AUGGCGUUCGUGACUUAUGCUGAUCGUCUCUGUGUAAAGCUCCAUGUUAAGAAUGGACCAGGAGAGCUCAGAGGCAUCUCCAUGGUGCUCUUUGUAGACCAGUGGAUUGUCAGUUUGUCCAACAUGGAUCUGAUACUGUCUGGCUGUAACGUCUCCGAGAGAAGCUGUGCAAUACUGUGCUCAGUACUGAACUUCCAGUUCUCUAGUCUGAGAGAAUUGGACCUGAGUAACAAUGACCUGCAAGACUCAGGCGUAAAGCUUCUGUCUUCUGGAUGGAAGAAGUCAAACUGUACCCUGGAAUCUCUCAGUCUGUCAGGGUGUCUGAUCACAAAGGAAGGCUGUAUUUCUCUGGCCUCAGCUCUGAGCUCCAACCCCUCCCAUCUGAGACAGCUGGACCUGAGCUACAAUCAUCCAGGAUGCUCAGGGAUGCAGCUUCUGUCAGCAGGACUGAAAGAUCCACGCUGGAAACUGGACACUUUAAGCCCCAGUUUCAGGAACAGGAACAAGAUUCUAGCUGGGGAUCUAAAAACCCCUGUGUCCUGUCAACUCACAAUCGACACAAACACAGUGAACACAAACCUCCAACUGUCUGACAACAACAGGAGGGUGACACGUGUGAGGAAGGUUCAGUCAUAUCCUGAUCAUCCAGACAGAUUUGAUGUUUGGCCUCAGCUGCUGUGUAGAAAUGGUCUGACUGGUCGCUGUUACUGGGAGGUCGAGUGGAGAGGAGAUGUUUAUAUAUCAGUGAGUUACAGAAGCAUCAGAAGGAAAGGACGCUGUGAUGACUGUAUGUUUGGACACAAUGAUCAGUCCUGGAGUCUGUACUGCUCUGAUGGUUGUCCUCUUCGUGUCUGGCACAGUAACAGAGAAACAUACAUCUCCUCCUCCUCCUCCUCCUCCUCUGUCUCUAACAGAGUCGCAGUGUAUGUGGACUGUCCUGCUGGCACUCUGUCGUUCUACAGAGUCUCCUCUGACACUCUGAUCCACCUCCACACCUUCAACACCACAUUCACUCAAACUCUUUAUCCUGGGUUUUAUUUCUAUCCUGGUUCUUCAGUGUCCCUGUGCUGAGUUGAGUGUAAAGAGUGUCUCCUGUUAGAAAACCACUCUGACUGUUGAACAGAUAGUUCAGUCUGUACAUGUCUGUCUCUUUCACUCAGAAAUAGAUUUUCAGAUUCAUGUAUUCAAUCAGUUGAUGUUUGAAACGGUUCUAAACGAUUCCUUGUAAACAUCUUCCUCUUCAGUCCUUUAAAGACUGAAGCUCCCAUUAUUCCAGGAUCUACAUGUUGUUUUUCUGUCUUUUUCCACUCAAAGCUUCACAGUGAAUAUCAGUAUGUUGUGUUUCUCUGAAGCUCAGUUCACAACCAGCUCCUCUGCAUUUUCAACAAGUCUGAGCUCAUUAAAAUGAAUCCAAAUGUUUGAUUUCUCUUUCUUAAUGGGAUUUUUCCUUGGAAUGGAGGGAUCAGAAUGCAUGUGGCUUAUCUAAUAAACACUAAAGGCUU